AUGGCAUGUUUUCGACAACGUAAAGCUACAACAACACAACUCAUGGGAAAUUUGCCUUCUUCAAGACUUUCCCCAUCUUUUGCUUUCGACCGAACGGGCUGUGACUAUGCUGGACCAAUAACUCUUCGAAUCGCCAGAGGUAGAAAUUCAAAGUACACGAAAGGAUACUUCGCAUUAUUUGUUUGUAUGGCGACAAAGGCUUUACAUUUGGAAGUCGUCAGCGAUUUAUCUACGGAUGCAUUUUUCGCGGCGCUGAGGCGAUUUAUUGCUAGAAGAGGAAAAUGCAGCAUCAUUUACUCCGACAAUGGCACCAAUUUUCAAGGAGCUGCGAGAACCCUGUGUGAAUGGGUCAAGUUGGUGCGUUCUGAAGAACACAAUCAUCUGGUGUCUUCAACCUUGGCAGCUGAAAGCAUCAAAUGGGAGUUUAUUCCUCCACAUAGCCCUCAUUUCGGGGGCCUUUGGGAAGCUGGUGUAAAAAGUGUCAAACAGCACCUCCAGCGUGUAGUAGGGAAUAAUAUUCUCACCUUUGAAGAAAUGUCUACUUUGCUUUCCCAAAUUGAAGCACUCCUAAAUUCCAAGCCUCUUUGUGCUAUAUCAGAUUUAGACUUGAACCCUCUAACACCCUCUCAUUUCCUUAUAGGUAGACCAUAUACGGCGAUACCGGAGCCCAGCUAUCAAGAUGUUCCACUUAACAGACUAGGAAGAUGGCAACUUAUUCAAAACAUGUUGCAAGGUUUUUGGCGUCGAUGGAACUUUGAAUACCUAACUUCACUUCAACAACGUCCCAAAUGGAAAAAGAAGACCAAAAAUUUUAAAGUUGGUGACCUGGUAGUCAUCGAAGAGCUUAACUUGCCACCAUCCAGAUGGGCUCUAGGAAGAGUUGAAGAACUUCAUCAAGGAGAAGAUGAUCUUGUACGAGUGGUAUCUGUUCGUACCAAAAAUGGCCUUUUCAAGCGACCUAUAACGAAGCUGGCUAUUUUACCAUAA